AUGAAGUUAGCCAUUGCAUCGGCUAUUACGGUUGGUCUGUGGCCGCUUGUUGCUGCAGCACCUGCUCCCUCUGCAGCAGCAAAGGACGUCGCCACUCCUGUGACUGUCACCAUCUCGUCCGGCACCAUCCUCGGCAAGGCGAGCGAUACCGUCGAUACAUUUAACGGCAUCCCAUUCGCUGACCCGCCUAUUGAUGAUUUGCGUUUCAGGCCGCCAGUCAGGCUGUCCAGAGAUCUUGGGACCUUUGAUGCCACUGGAGUUGCUGCAGCGUGCCCUGCUGGGCCCAUCUUCUCCUUCGAACACCUGACACCUCCUCCCGAUGCCACACAGCCCAUCGCAGGUGGCUUGCAACCGCCUAACAUCACGGAGGGUGCCGCUGCAGCGGCUAUACUCGAAUCUUCUGCUGGCCAAACUUCCGACACAUCCAGCGAGGACUGUCUGACUGUUAGUGUACAGCGCCCUCACGGCGUCGAGGCUGGUGCCGGCCUGCCCGUGCUUUUCUGGAUAUUCGGCGGUGGUUUCGUUGGCGGCAGCACUUCCGGAUUUGACGGCACAAAGUUGAUUGAGACGGGCGCGCUGCACGACCAGCCAUUCAUCUUUGUGGCCGUCAACUAUCGCGUCGGCGCCUGGGGAUUUAUGCCCGGCAAAGAGAUUCUGGAAGAAGGCAGCGGAAACGCAGGACUGCUUGAUCAGCGCAUGGGCCUUGAAUGGGUUGCAGACAACAUCGAAGCCUUUGGCGGCGAUCCAGCCAAAGUCACCGUCUGGGGAGAGUCGUCUGGUGCCAUUUCAACUUUUGAGCAGCUAGUCUUGUACGACGGCGAUGCCACAUACAAGGGCAACGAUCUCUUCCGUGCCGCCAUUAUGGAUUCUGGAUCUAUUACCCCUGUUGAUCCGCUAAACACGCAAAAGGGCCAAGACGUGUACGAUGCCGUUAAAAGGGCAGCUGGCUGUGAUGUUGAAGACUCGUUGGCCUGCCUUCGUGGCUUGGACAAUGGCGACUUUGCUGUUGCUGCCAACUCUCUCCCAGGCAUCAUAUCAUACCAGUCUCUUGCUCUCUCGUAUCUCCCCAGACCAGACGGAACAGUCCUAACGGAUAGCCCAGACGUGCUUGCAAAAGCAGGCAAAUUUCACCAUGUACCAAUGAUCCUCGGCAACCAAGAAGACGAGGGCACGCUUUUCAGCAUCUUUCAGCAGGAUAUGAGCACGACUGAUAAAAUCGUCAAGUAUCUGUCCCGGUACUAUUUCCAUACCGCCACCAAAGAGCAAGUCACCGAUUUCGUCAACACCUACAGCUCGAAAAUCCCGGAUGGAAGCCCGUAUCGCACACUCCUCAACUUUGAAUUCUACAAGGGCAGAAAGAGAAUUGCUUCCAUCCUCGGCGACAUUGUGUUUGACCUGAUCCGCCGCGUUACUCUGCAAAUCUUGGACGAUGUCAGCCCAGAGCUAUCAACAUGGGCUUACUUCUCUUCUUACAAUUACGACCCUUUUUUCGGCAUCUUUGGCACUGCGCACGGAUCCGACGUUGACGUGUUGUUUAAAAAGGACAACGCGAACUAUCCGACUCUUAGCGGACGCACGUACUAUAUCAAUUUCUUGCACAACUUGGAUCCUAACAAUGGCACUCGUUCUGAUUUGUUUUGGCCGCAGUGGUCCGAGGGACACCAGCUUUUGAAUUUUGGUGCCAAGAGCAAUAGCCUCAAGGAAGAUGACUACAGAAACAGCAGCUACUCUUACAUGUUUAACCAUAUCGAGUCGCUGCGUUUCUAA